CGCUGCUCUGCCCGCUGUCCCGCCUUGGUGGCCUGUGGGGACUGUUCCCACGCUCCAGCCUCCUGCCUUCCGGCCCCAUUUCUGGCUCUUUCCACCAGAGCAGCCGCCUCCUUUCUCUUGAGGGUGGGCAGGCAUGGGUGUUCUGUGUGUCAUGGUCACGGCCUGAACCUUGUCAAAUCCUGUGCUCGCUGGGUGGACACAAGCCAGAGGGGGGCCGUGGCCUCAAGGUCAGGGAGGUGUGGAGGGGGCUCCUCCAGGACCAUGGUCCCCGUGCUCAGAGAGGGAGCACGGUGUGCGGAGGGGAUGCAUGGCGGUCCAGCCUGACCCCCAGGUCAGAAAGGCCUUGGGCCAACGUGUGUCCCUAGAGGGGGUUCUACUCUGGCCGGGCCGUCAGGUGACCAGGGAGGUGGGCAAUGUCCCCGGCAGACACAUGGGACUGGGGAGGCUCAGACGUGGGGACACCUGGCAUGGAGGAGGGUUUGGGCGACCCAGAGUGAAGACGGGGAGUCAAGCCGGCCUAUGCACAGAGUGGAAGGUGCGUCCCCGCGGCCUGCUGUCUGCGUGCUGACCCGGUUACUGCCCCGCCGCCCAUGCACGGCUUCUGUCAGGGGCUCUGAGGUUCGUAUACAUUCGAGGAAAGGUGACCUCAAGAUGGAGCCCGAGACAGGCACAAGCAAAUGUGGAUGUGACAGCAGCCGUGCAGGACACAGUGGGAAAGCGGAAUGUUCUGGAAGAGGAAGAACUGGGAAGAGUCGGAGCCACGUGAGGAGGGCAGAGCAGGUGCUGGGGAAGGUGGCCUGCAUUAAACCACAGAGUAAGGUUGGGGAUUUCUGCUGCAUGUCCUUGUCCCUCUUACCAUGACGACUGAAGUCCUGGGCGUCAUCUGUGCAGUGACAGUAAGAAAGCUCUGCAAGGUUGGCAGAGGGCAGAGCCCCAGGGGCCUGUGGGCCCGACAGGAGGCCCCUGGUAUCUCUCUCUCCACCUGAAUCCCAGGCUUGGAGCCAAAGAGGCUGGCAACCCAGAGACACCCACGGGUGCGGACACACCCCAACGGAAGCCGCUCCCUCUGGCCUGAAGACCAGGAAGACGAUGGUCUAGCAGGACAGACAAUAUCUAAGAACAAACAUGGUGGGAAAGCCUGAGGCCCCAGCUCUGCCCCGCCACCGAACAAGGGUGAAUGGGGACCCGCGCCCUCCCUGGGAACAGGGACUUUCGCCCCCAAUGAACCCGGGGGACACUAGGGUGUCUGGGGGCCCUGGGGGAGCUGGAGCGUCCUUCAUUGCCCAGUGGGGAAGAGGAGCGCCCUGGACGGCCGCUGUGGGACCAGAGCACACUCCCAGUGUGGGUGUCGUUAGAGUUCUGGAGGGGGCGCCGAGAAGCUGUUUGGGGCAAAAGACAAACCUAGAGAUUUGAGAAGCCUAGCACAGCACGAGUGGUUCACACCCACACGUCAUCAGGGAACUUCUGAUGAGCAGGGACGGGGAGGACCACGUUGUCCACAGGGAGAACGGAGGACAGCAGCCACGGGGCCCAGGGUCAAGGUGGAAAAGAUGGCGGCCAGCAGGUGGACCGCCUCCUUGAGCCCCGCCACAUGUAGCAGGAGGACAGGGUGGUUUGAAUCGCGCUGUAGCUAGUGACCAUGCUCAGCGGCCCAUCCAGAACCUUCCAUCCAGAAGCCUCCAGGCCCCCGUGCUCUCCCUGGAGCGCUCUCUCUGGCAUUUGGAGAAUCGACACCAGUUCCACACGGUGUCUCCCGGGAAGAAUGAAGGGGACAACUUCCUUUGUGAAGGGACGAGGGGCUGGCUCAGUUUUCCGAGGGAGCCACAGCCCGAGCCCGCACCUGUAUGUACGAAAUGUCACUUGGAACGGGCAGGGCCGGCUGACACGAACCUGUCCCUGGGCCACAUGCCAGGGCUGACUUGGCUCCCUCGCGGGACGGCGCCUUUCGGGACCACAGAGUCUGCUGCCGUGAUGAGGACUGCUGUGUGCUGGCAUGUUCCCGGAUACUCGAGCCAAGCUAGAGCCUCCGCUUUCCGUCAGCUCCAUGCGGGCAUCGCGAGGCCAUAGGUACUUAGGUCAGUUAACGUCCAUACCAGGAUACCUGAAUCCCUCCAGUAGGACCGAAAUCCUGCAUUUCAUAGACAAUGCAAAGAGAGCCCACCAGCUCCCCGGACACCUGACCCAGGAGCACGACGCUGUGAUCAGCCUGUCUGCCUACAAUGUCAAGCUGGCCUGGCGGGACGGGGAAGACACCAUCCUCAGGGUCCCCAUCCAUGACAUCGCUGCCGUGUCCUACGUGCGGGACGACGCCUCGCACCUGGUGGUCCUGAAGACAGCCCAGGACCCUGGCAUCUCCCCCAGCCAGAGUCUGUGUGCAGAAAGUUCCAGAGGCCUCACCGCAGUCUCCCUGUCAGAGAGUGGAGUGGGGCCUGUGGAGGCGUGCUGCCUGGUCAUCCUGGCGACCGAGAGCAAGGUCGCUGCUGAGGAGCUGUGCUCCCUGCUCGGGCAGGUCUUCCAGAUUGUGUACACAGAGUCCACCAUCGACUUUCUGGACCGAGCCAUAUUUGACGGGGCCUCGACACCCACCCACCACCUGUCUCUCCACAGCGACGACUCUUCCACCAAGGUGGACGUGAAGGAGCCGUAUGAGACGGAAGUCGGCACGUUCUCCUUCCCCGAGUGCGCGCACGCAGGCGGCGUGUCGCCCUUGUCCUUCUGUAUGCAGACGGCGCCCCACUCCAAGACGGUCAGUGAGAGCGAGCUGAGCGCCACUGCCACCGAGCUGCUGCAGGACUACAUGCUCACGCUGCGCACCAAGCUGUCCUCGCAGGAGAUCCAGCAGUUCGCGGCACUGCUGCACGAGUACCGGGAUGGGGCCUCAGUGCAUGAGUUCUGCAUCAAUCUGCGCCAGCUGUAUGGGGACAGCCGCAAGUUCCUAUUGCUGGGUUUGCGGCCCUUUAUCCCAGAGAAGGACAGCCAGCACUUCGAGAACUUUCUCGAGACCAUCGGGGUGAAGGAUGGCCGGGGCAUCAUCACCGACAGCUUUGGCAGGUACCGGCGGGCGCUGAGCUCCACCUCCACCUGCACCUGCCCUGGGAACAGGGCCACGGGCAGCUCGGACGACCAGUCUGCGCCCUCGGAAGGGGACGAGUGGGACCGCAUGAUUUCGGACAUCAGCAACGACAUCGAGGCUCUGGGCUGCAGCAUGGACCGGGACUCAGCCUGACCCUCUACUGUGAAGGACGCGCCCUGGGGCGCCGGUGCACGGGCCUGUCCCUGGAGGGAUCCUGGGGGUCCCUUCGGUUUUGCACACGACGUUCCUGUCGAAACCCUCAGAGACCUUCAAAGAAGUUUACUGCGAUGUGAACGAUUCA